AAACAAUUUAUUAUUUUUAUACUUAAUUUUCUGCCUCAAGAAAGCUAGUAAAAUUUGUUUGGAUAAUGAAUAAAGAAAGGAUGGGUAUCUUUUCCUCAGGCUUUUUAAUUCCGUCUCUCUCUCUCUCCCCUCUUCAUUUCUUUUCCUUUUCAGUGGGAACGCUGCAAAAUAUUCAUUCUGACAAGGGCAAUCCCUCUACACACAAGUGAAGACUGGAGAGAGUGAUACAUACAUAGAGAGAGAGAGAGAGAGAGAGGUCGGUGCCUUCUGAUGUAUCCCCUUGCUGUAUUUUAGCCAUAAUUGUAUGGUCAUGAGCUCUGUCUCUGAAAGAUCUUUGAUGGGUUUUAGGUCACUAUAAGCAAAAUUCUCUGUAGAUGAUGAAGCACGUGCACUCAGGUUUCCAUCACACAAGGUGUUCUCUACGGUCGUCAAGAUGAUCGAACGGAGUUGGCGUUGGAUUACCCCCAAGAAUUAAGCCUUGAUAUAAGAUAAUUAUCAAAUCGAUGGCGACGUACUUUCACGGAACUUCGGAAAUCCAAGCUGACGGGUUGCAGACGCUUUAUCUGAUGAACCCUGGCUAUGUCGGAUACACUGACACACAGCCGCCGUCUAACAUGGUCUUUCUCAAUUCCACCGGAAAUACUCUAAAUCCGGCAAGCCUGGUAAACGCGCCCCAGCAGAAUCAACACUUAGUCGGAAUCCCACUGCAGGCAGCGGCUGUGCCCCCCGGGUCGGCUGCGGCAGCAGCGCAAGAUCCUAAUCGUCCGUCGGUGCACAACCAGCAGGAGAUGUCCGCUGUCCAUGGGUUCGUCCCUCGCGUUCACUACAAUCUAUGGACGUCCACACAGGCCCACCACCACCACCACCACCAAAUUUCAACAUCCGCGGCAGCAGCUGCGGCGGUGAAUAAUUCUAUCGGUGUUGACGUUUCAUCACCACUUGGCCUCCGGCGGUCUGUCGUGCCACUGGCUCAGCAGGGACUGUCUCUCAGCCUUUCUUCACAGCAGCCGACAUAUGGGUCCUACCGGCAAGAAUCUGACCUUCCGGCAUCAGCUCCAGCUCCGGUGAUAUCUCCGACCAGCAACAACGAGAUGCGAAUAUCGGGCGGUUCUUCUUCAUCAGCAUCUGCAGUCUCCAGUGGAAUUUCUGGUAUGCAGAGUGUUAUAUUGGGUUCCAAGUACCUGAAGGCUGCACAACAGCUCCUCGAUGAAGUUGUUAAUGUUGGGAAGGGAAUCAAGGCUGAAUCAGCCAAGGGAGUUAAAGGGUCUAGCAAAAUAAGCAGAGACCCAAAUGCUUCCACCGGAGAAGCUUCGACUGGAGGCGAAAACAGCACGAAGCAAGCAGCCGAGCUCACAACAGCAGAAAGACAAGAGCUUCAGAUGAAGAAGGCCAAGCUUAUUAACAUGCUUGAUGAGGUGGAGCAAAGGUACAGACAGUACCAUCACCAGAUGCAGAUUGUAGUGUCUGCAUUUGAACAAGCGGCAGGCUUCGGUUCAGCAAAAACAUACACGGCUCUUGCUUUGCAGACGAUUUCAAAGCAAUUCCGAUGCUUGAAGGAUGCAAUUUCAGGGCAAAUCCGAGCAACAAGCAAGAGCCUAGGUGAAGAGGACUGCUUUGGAGGGAAGACUGAAGGGUCGAGACUCAGGUUUGUUGAUCAACAACUUCGACAACAACGGGCACUCCAACAACUGGGAAUGAUCCAGCACAAUGCUUGGAGACCUCAGAGAGGAUUGCCCGAGAGAUCUGUUUCUGUUCUUCGUGCUUGGCUCUUCGAACACUUCCUCCACCCCUAUCCUAAGGAUUCUGACAAACACAUGCUUGCAAAACAAACAGGCCUUACUAGGAGCCAGGUUUCCAACUGGUUCAUAAAUGCUCGAGUUCGGCUGUGGAAGCCAAUGGUUGAAGAAAUGUAUUUGGAGGAAAUCAAGGAACAAGAACAAAAUGGGUCGGAGGAAAAAACUAGCAGGAGUGAACUCAACGAGGAUUCAGGAUCAAAAUCCACUGCUCCACACGAGAACAGCCCUGCUAGAACGGACCAAGGAAAGAAUUUCAGUUCCAAGCAAGAUAACUCCACCAACCCAAAUGCUGUACCUACUGCAAUUUCAAAUUCAUCAACUACUGCUAUCAUGGGAGGAAUCAUGCGAUCCCAAACUGGUUUCUCCCUCAUUGGAUCAUCGGACAUGGAUGGGCUAAUACAAGGAAGUCCCAAGAAACCCUGCAGCACGGAGAUGCAGAAUUCCCCAAGUAGCAUUUCAGUCAUGGACAUGGACGUCAAACCUGGUGAUUCAAACAGAGAUCUCUUUGCGAAAUUUCAGAAUGGUAGACAAAGCAGAGAUGGUUACUCGUUAAUAACAGGCACAACGAACAAUGGAGAAGCAUUUGACACAUAUUCAAUUGGGGAGCUUGGUAGGUUCGACCCCGAGCAAUUCACACCAAGGUUCUCUGGCAAUGGUGUUUCCCUCACUCUUGGCCUUCCCCACUGUGAAAACCUCUCUCUAUCAGGAACCCAACAGACUUUCCUCUCCAACCAGAACAUUCAACUGGGAAGGAGACUCGAGAUGGGCGGUGGUGAACCCAAUGAUUUCUGUGGGCUGAGUACUCCUUCUCCCCACUCCUCGGCUGCAUACGAGAACAUCAACAUUCAGAACAGAAAGAGGUUUGCAGCUCAGUUAUUGCCGGAUUAUGUGGCUUGAUGGGUUCACAUCUCCUCCACCCUUCUCCGGUCUCUCCUUUUACUGCCAAAACAAGCUCAGUUGAUGAGUGCUUCAAAGGUUGCAGGUGAGCUAGCUAGCUUAGAGGAUUCAUUGCUGAACAGGAGAAAGAAAACAUAUAGAAGUCAUUUAUAUCUCGGGCUCACACUAUCAUAUCUCAUGCCUUCCCCUCCUUUGUGAGGAAGAGAGGAGAGCCUGACAAGCCAUAGUGUAAAGAAAGAAAGAAAACUUACCUAGCUAGUAUAGGUUUAUACUUGGGGAGAAUUAUUGGUGUUUCUUGAAAGCUUACAAGUUCAGAUUAUCAAGUCGGGGAAUGUAUAUUAUUUUUAUACAUUUUGGCAGAUAGAUAGAUGAAUAGAAACCAUUUAUAUUCAAGUUAGUUGUUUCAAUAUGCAAAUAUAUAAUAAUAUCAUGAUCUGUAUAAUUUACUUAUAAUAAUGUGUGUAAUUUGUUAUCCAUCACAUUUAGAGAUUAAUUGUGGGACCAAGGAUAUGUAAGUUUUGUAUAUAUUCUUCAUGCAUGAAGUUUGCAAGGAAUGCCAAUCAAGAUUAUUUGAUAUCUUCUAAA